AUGUUUGAUGAAGUUUGUGACGAUGAAGCACCAACAGAUCCAAAACAAAAAUUUCGAGUAGAAGUUUUUCAAUGUAUCAUCGACCAAUUGCGAACCAGCCUAACUGAAAGAUUUACUAACAAUAAAAGUUUGGUUGCAGAUAUGCAAUAUUUAUUGCCAAAACAUUAUAAUGAUAUAAGAAAUAAAUUAAUUCCUAAAUCAGCAUUACAAAAGUUAUCACUAUUAUCAUCUGUUGAUCACUCAAAAUUAAUUGACGAACUUGAACACUUUGCUGGAAUUUAUGAUAAAAUUUCUAAACCAUUAUAUAAAAAAACUGUUGAUAAUUUGACGAAAACACAAAUAAUGAUGAUGAUAAUUUAA